AUGUCAUCUUGGGUCCAGCAUGAUAACCACCAACCAAACUCAAAUGAUCAUCCCGGUGCCCACCAACCAAACUUUUAUGUCAAGCCUGGUGAACCACAACUAAACCUUAAUGUCCAGCAAGAUGACCACCAACCAAACUCACAUGUCCAUCCCGGUGCAAACCAUCCAAACUCACAUGUCCAUCCCGGUGCUCACCAACCAAACUCACAUAUCCAUUCCGGUGCCCACCAACCAAACUCACAUGUCCAUCCCGGUGCCCACCAACCAAACUCACACGUCCAUCCCGGUGCCCACCAAUUAAACUCACAUGUCCAUCCCGGUGCCCACCAACCAAACUCACAUGUCCAUCCUGGUGUCCACCAACUAAACUCACAUGUCCAUCCCGGUGCCCACCAACCAAACUCACAUGUCCAUCCCGGUGCCCACCAACCAAACUCACAUGUCCAUCCCGGUGCCCACCACCCAAACUCACAUUUCCAGCAUGAUGAUCAACAAUCGAACUCACAUAUCAAGCCAACGAACUCACAAGUCCAGUCUGUUGACUACAAGCCAACUCAAAUGUCUAGUCUGGGGACUACCAGCCUAACUCAAAUGUCCAGUCUCGGGACUAUAAACCAAACUCACAUGUCUGGGAUUUCAAACCAAACUCACAUGUCUGGGGAAAUCCAACCAAACACACACGCACGUAGUGCAGGCCAGAGAUUAUGA